AUGUCAAAAAUCAAUGAAGCAGAAAGACAUAAUAAAGACCAAAAAGAAAGAAAUAUCACCACACAGGUAUCAGUGAAACAAGUCAAACAUUUUUUAUCGAAUAUAUUGGAACGAAAAAAAUCAAUUAAUGUAAUCAAGAAGAAAGAAAAUCUCUUAGAAGAAAAGAGUCAGCAUACAUUAAGAAUAAGAGGAAUUCGAAAUAAAGAUCUCUGGAAAAGAAAUAAAAAUUAUUUAAAAAAUCAAGAAAGGAAAAAUUUCACAGAUGAAGGAGACCAGCUUUUUAAGAAGGGCGUCAAGAUUCUCCAGCAGUCUAAAAGCCAAAAGCAAAAAGCAGAAGCCUACAUACUCUUUGCCAAAGCAGCUGACAUGGGAAACUUGAAAGCUAUGGAGAAAAUGGCUGAUGCUUUGCUAUUUGGAAAUUUUGGCAUGCAGAAUAUAACAGCAGCCAUCCAAUUAUAUGAGUCCUUGGCUAAAGAAGGAUCAUAUAAAGCCCAAAACGCAUUAGGAUUUUUGUCUUCUUAUGGAAUAGGAAUGGAAUACAAUCAAGCUAAGGCACUGAUCUAUUACACUUUUGGAAGUGCUGGAGGAAGCAUGAUGUCCCAGAUGAUUUUGGGGUACAGAUAUUUAUCAGGAAUCAAUGUUCUACAGAAUUGUGAAGUUGCCCUAAAUCAUUACAAGAAAGUGGCAGAUUAUAUCGCUGACAAACUGGAAAAAAGUGAAGGUAUUCCAGUGGAAAAAGUGAGACUAACUGAAAGACCUGAAAAUCUGAGUUCUAACAGCGAGAUUUUGGAUUGGGACAUAUACCAAUACUAUAAAUUCCUGGCAGAAAGAGGAGAUGUUCAAAUACAAGUAUCUCUCGGACAGUUACAUCUAAUUGGGAGGAAAGGUCUAGAUCAAGAUUACUAUAAGGCAUUAUACUACUUCUUAAAGGCAGCAAAAGCUGGGAGUGCAAAUGCCAUGGCAUUUAUAGGAAAGAUGUACUUAGAGGGGAAUGCUGCAGCACCACAAAAUAAUGCUACUGCCUUCAAAUAUUUUUCUAUGGCAGCUAAUAAGGGCAAUGCAAUUGGCCUUCACGGGCUCGGUCUUCUUUAUUUUUAUGGAAAAGGAGUUCCUGUGAAUUAUGCAGAAGCCCUUAAAUACUUUCAGAAAGCUGCAGAGAAAGGAUGGCCAAACGCACAGUUUCAGUUAGGCUUUAUGUACUACUCUGGCUCUGGAGUAUGGAAGGAUUAUAAACUUGCCUUCAAAUAUUUUUACUUGGCAUCUCAGAGUGGGCAGCCCCUCGCCAUUUAUUACCUGGCCGAGAUGUACGCCACAGGAACAGGAGUGUUAAGAUCAUGCAGAACUGCUGUGGAGAAAAGGCUAAAAUUCUUGAAAAAGAGAAGAUGUACCCAAUGGCACUUCUCCUGUGGAAUCGAGCUGCUAUUCAAGGACAUUCACCUGGCCAGGAGGUUAUAUGAUAUGGCUGCUCAAACAAGUCCAGAUGCUCACAUACCUGUGUUCUUUGCCCUCAUGAAACUGGAAACCGUGCAUUUGCUCCGAGAUAUCCUGUUUUUUAAUUUUACAAUGAGAUGGAAAUGGAUGAAACUGGACAACACCCUUGGACCAUACUGGGAUUUAUUUGUGAUUGGCCUAAUUGUUGCUGUGCUGAUCUUCUUGCUUAGAAAUCGCUACGGGUAGGAUUUGGACCAUAAUAAGACCUGCUCAUGGGAACCAGUUCACUUCAAGUUAUCAUCAUUCAAUAAAAAAUGUCCCUGUCAGACUCAAGAGUCAGCCGCUGAUUUCCCUGCUGAUAGGCCUGUGAUGGAAAAUGGACAAAGGUUGGAACCUAUCCUCUGAGAAACCACUUCAGACCUCCUGCCUAGUUGAGAUGACCAGUUGCAGGAGAAGGGGUUGCUGGAGACCAAUCAACUAAGAUUUCCUUACAAAUAUGUCAUCUUGGUGAUCAAGUCCUGAGUGAGGGAUCAAGACCACCCAUUUUCAUGUGGUUAUAACAACCUGUCCCCUUUAGAGAGGACUAAUGGGUUUCUUGGCUCCUACAAACAUAGUGAAGUUGAGAGGAGGGGAAGUGCAGGGAGGGCAAGAACACAGAUCCCUCAGAAUCUGAUAAAGGCAAAAAUUACAAACAGAGCCUUUGUCUUAUAGGGAUGAGCUGAUGAUCACACUGUAGCUCUAAUGAGCAAAGUUCCUCGUGGCAUGCUGUGCCAGACGACCGACGUAGACUCCUGACGGGGGCCUCCUCUCAAAGCUCCCUGCGGUUGUAUAGUGAGCAACACCAUUUGCAAGUCCAUCUCUUCCUUUCCUCAUGGACCCUGGGGAAUCCCCAUUGGAGCACUCAGAGAGAGGGAUGGUACCAGCCUCCUAGGACAGCCCCUACUGGGCCUAGGUGCCUAUCUCCCCUUAGAGGGGAGGGCUGGGGCCCAAAGCUGGAGCAAGGGUGGGAGAGAAGAAUGCAGGAAGCCCAUGACUCUUGUCAAGGGCCAGGCUUGAAUCUCACCUCUGCAACUCUUUAGCUAUUUGACCUCAAUGAGCCUCAGUUUCCUCAUCUGCAAAAUGAGAAGAUCUUAGAGAGCUAGUCUGAGGAUUAAUGGAAUAAUGCGUGCAAAGGAAUUAUGACAGGGCCUGACAUCUAAAAUGAACUCCAUAAAUGAUAACUUUUAAUAUUCUUCAAAAAUGUAUGGCAUUUUGCUUGGAACAUGGGAAUAACUUAGUUGGUAACAAAUCAGUGUGGUUCAGUGCCCUUUUUUUGGUAGGAAAAGAUUAUGCUUGCCUACUUGAAAACCCAAAGGAGGGUCAGAAAAAGAGUUAAUUAAUAACAUUGAUCAUAAGCAGAAAGUAAAGUGAAAUGGAUUUGGAACCAAACAACCUAGGUUUGAGGUCCAGCUCUGUCCCUUAGUAGCUCUAUGACUUUGGGCAUAAUUUGUCCAAAUCUCAGUUUUUCCUCCAUAAAGUGGGAUUAAUUCCUACCUGACUGGAUUUGUGAGUUUCAAUAAGCCUAAAUUCAUGGGUGCUUUAUAAACACUGUACACACACAUACUAGCCACAGUCAUUUACUUGGCUAUCAACUAUCCAGGCCUGUCUGAAGUCCGAGUGUUUAGGAUUUCCUGGACACAAUCCCUGACUUACUAGAGUGUUCCAAGUCCAAAGGAAGCUAAUUUGCAAACUUGAAAGGAAGUUUGCAAACAUAAAAGGAAGGAGCAGGCAUCCAAGCCUCAGGUCAGAGCCUAACAGGAAGGCCAGCCAUUGUGACAUCUCAUGGAUGUCUGGUAUGUGAGCACAUCAGAGACAGGAAUGUCCAAAGAGGGGGAUUGUGGAAGAUAAAGUCAGGUCCCCAAGACUGGGUGAAAAAUGAGCUCCUUUUCAGUAAAGUUUGUGAAAAUGGCGGCAGGCAGGGCAGAAAGGGAGACUACUCGGCUUGCUGUGUAGGGUGAAGCAUUACCUGAGAUAGAGGAGUGAGCGCAGCGCCAGCUUAUCCAUUUCCCAUUUCAACUCAUUGUUCCAAGGAAGUGUGAGCCAAAGGCUUUGAAAACACAAGUGGUUUAGAGUGUUUGCAUCCUUCAACUGUCCAUCUCUGGGCUGCUCCUCCAAGAGCAGCUGCUACCACCACUGCAUGGACUGUAAUGGACUUGGCAUCUGCCCACACCUGAGCAGCUGAGUGGGGACUGAAUGCUGAUCAGUGUGCACUGUUCUGCACAGCGCCUUCGCAUACAUGUCUCAAUCAGAGAACUCUGGGUUGCAAUAAAAUACACCCAGAGUUCCCAUUGUGGCGAAGUGGAAGCGAAUCUGACUAGUAUCCACAAGGU